AUGACCCUAUCAAACAACACCAAGAGAAGAGAAAGUUCCAUUACUCCAGAUCAACAGAAGCUUAUUGAAAAGUACCUCGAAAAGAAGAAUGUACAUCAUCAGAAGAAACUGCAGCAUGUAACGCACACUUCUACCAAUGUCAACCUAUCAUCCAUCAAAUGGAAGAGUUUGCGAUUGGAGGACUGCGGUGUUUCAAUCCCUGAUUCAGGAUUACCAGCCAAGAUUGCUUAUGAAUCAAUCCACGAUAGUUUGAACCUCGAUGGAAACCCCACUUUGAACUUGGCCUCGUUUGUUAACACUGGUUACAUCAACGAUUAUAGUGAGCCAUUGAUUCAUGAGAACUUGGUGAAAAACUUGGCUGACAAUGAUGAGUAUCCAGUCAUGCUGGAGUUACACGAAAGAUGUCUCCAAAUGCUUACUGAAUUGUGGAACGGUGAUUCUAAGAAGAGCAUUGGUUCUGCCACUACAGGCUCUUCUGAAGCCAUUAUGCUUGGGGGACUGGCUAUGAAGAAAAAUUGGCAAACCAAGAGGCGUGCUGCUGGUAAAAGCACCGAGAAGCCUAACAUUAUCAUGGCUUCCUGUUGCCAAGUUGCGUUAGAGAAGUUUGCCCGAUACUUUGAAGUAGACGCUCGUAUCAUUUCGUGUGACAACAAUGACUACAUUCUGGACUAUGAUUUGAUAUAUGAUGCUUGUGACGAGAAUACCAUAGGUAUUUUUGUUAUUCUUGGAUCGACCUAUACUGGUGCUUUUGAGGACGUUGCUUUAGUCAAUAAAAUUUUAGACCGUGUUGAAAAGGAGAAGGGAUUCGACAUUCCAAUCCAUGUGGACGGCGCCUCCGGGGCUUUUGUUGCCCCUUUUAUCUAUCCAGACCUGGAAUGGGAUUUUAGAGUUCCUCGUGUCAAAUCAAUCAACACUUCAGGCCACAAGUUUGGACUCGUCACAGCAGGUUUAGGUUGGAUUGUUUUCAAAGACAAGGAAUGGCUUCCUAAAGACCUUGUUUUUGAAUUACGCUAUUUGGGUGGUCUAGAAUACAGUUUUACUCUAAACUUCUCCCGUCCGGGACACCAAGUCAUCCACCAAUAUUUCAAUUUUGUCGCUUUAGGAAAGAAUGGAUACUCGUCUAUUUUUGAUACAUGCUUAACAAAUGCCAGGCUUCUUUCAUCCUUUUUGGAAGAGACGAACUACUUCAAGGUGGUAUCGAACGUUCAUCGUCCUGUGGAAGCGGGCACAACGCCUCACGCUGAUGAUCACCUUGCUUUUCAUCCCAGUUUGCCAGUGGUUUCUUUCCAGUUCAACGAAGAGUUUUCCAAGCAAUAUCCUGAAAUUCCUCAAUCAAUCAUAUCCACUUUAAUGAGAAACAAGGGUUGGAUCAUUCCUAAUUAUCCUCUGCCAAGAACAACUAAACCAGUGAAGGAUGAUGAGAGAGAAAUUCUUCGUGUGGUGGUUAGAUACAACUUAACCCUAGAGCUACUUCAGAAGCUGAUGAGUGACAUAGUGUCCACAUUAACUGUUUUGACUAACUCAUGCAAGUUGAUUAGAGAGUCUUUGAAUAACGAUGCUUUGGAGGAUACAGACAUUAUUUACGAUAUGCUUCUAAGUAUUGCUUUGGACGGUAGCGAGAAUUUGGUCAAGUCGUCAAUCAAAGAUCAUAAACACGCGGGAGCUUGUUAA